AUGACCGUAAACGACGACAUUGUCUCCCAGCGAGACCUUGUACGGCACGUGCUUGAGGCCGUGCCAUUUGGCAAGAACGAACAAAGACCCAGUUUCCUCGAUGUGUACAAUAUUUCCACAGAAGACAUGGCAGCGUUAGACUUCUCUGAAGCAGCAUGGGACCUGCGUUUCCCAAUUCAGGUGAAUAAGCUUUUGAAAUUGGGAAUCUCUUUUGGAAACCUUCUCAAGAUGCUUGAAAACGAACAGAAAGCUCUGGAGGCUAAGGAGGCUCGUGACGCACAAAUGGCUAAAAAGGCUCCUACCCAAACAGUGGACCCGUUCAGCGACGACUACGACGGCUUGAAGGGGAAUAAAGUACAGGUAUACCAUAUCCGCUUCGCCCAGAAUUUGUUCCACAUUCUCAAAAACUUCGACAUUGGCACUUCCCCAUAUUCUGCCCAAAAGACCAAACUAACGCCCGUGGAUAGUGACCAAACCUCGGCUAAUGGCUCCCAAAACAGUCUGAACGGCGUCAAUGCUUCACCUAUAAAGCUCAGCUCGCGUCAGUUGCUUAUCGAGAAGCUCGAAAUUAACAUCCGUCUUGACGCGUUGUUCACCUACAAAGUCGUGCUUCUCCUCCUCCUCCAGAUCUACGACAUCCUCGAACUGCUGCUACGAGAGUUGCCCGAGGCGCCUGAGAAAGGCGGCACGCGUGAUGGCGACACUUCUUCUCUAUUAUCGUAUACAUCGCUUAACCUGAGUGGUACGCCCAACUCAGAGUUUGUGCUGUCCACAGACGACUAUGUGCGUCUCACCAAGGCGAUUUUACACCGUGUUGACGCUGGCAUCGUGAGUCCUUUCGUGCAGACCUUGGUGACCGAGCUCGUGGACACUAAUGUUGCUGGUGCUUUCCAGACUCUCAUCACCAACAUCUAA